AUGACGACUCCGACUCCGGAGAGCUGCCAGUUGAUCAUUCCCCGGGUUGAUGUGGUGUUUCUAUCGUACCGACAUCAUCCGCAGGAUGGGCGCAGUUCGGUGACGACGGCGCCGACGGUAACGCUGGACAGCAUCUGCACGAUCAGUCGGUACGAGCUGCAGCAACAUUUGCGUGUGAAACGCACCGAACGGCACAGUAUGAGUGAGGACGCUUACAGACACUACCGAUGGUACAAUGCAGCUCUGGCGGCAGAGCUGAAAACGAUAGGUAGCGACAGCCGGGACGGGCGGCCACUGCUACGCGUGUUCCACUGGUACAUCGAAACGUCAAACGAGGCCGCGUUUCGGAUCGAGGGCAAGCAGUACGAGGCCGUGUCGUUUGUGCUGGCAGCCGAAAUCGAGCACUGGUACUGUAGUGCAGGGGUUGGCCAGGCGGUCAGACACGGCAGGCGGGUCAGGAUGGGGGAUCAACCGUCGCUCCUGACACACGACGUAGUGCGCCACCGGCCUGCAACAGGGGGGAGCAACAAUCUCCGGAAGCCACGAAAAACCUUCCUCCAAAGUAUCGGCGAAGAAGUGGAGGAACCGACCGACACGGCAGGACAGUAAUAGCAAGUGGCGUGUUUCUGUGUUUGCACAACGAUGAUAAAUUCAGAUUUUAUUAGCUUUCCAUAUCUUUAACAUUCAUCGCAUCCACCAGAAGGGAGAGACAGAUAAUAGACGAUCGACGAUCGGUCGAGAGGACCUCCUUCUUAACCGGUGGCGCAUGGUACGAUAGCUUUCUGCGAGUCUUCCAGAUAUUAAGGACGAUCCGGCCACCGUUUGUUAGUAAGCGGUUUUGAUUAACAGCUUGUGAAUGUGGUGCGCUCUCGUGUACUUUGUUCUCGGUCGGGUGUGCUGGUACUGAUAACGAUUGCACGAUUCAAUGGGAUGUCGCGUCGGAGAAGUGCGUUGUUUAAGGAUGGCUAAUAAUACUUUUCGUACGAGCGACAGCUUGCGUAGAAUAUGAGUACGACACACACACACUCCCGACGAAUGCGGAACGAUGGCCAGAACGGAACGAUCCUCUUCAACUCCGAUCUGGGUUUUCUGGUCGCCGAUACAA